AAUGUUUGGAAAACGAGAGGAUGAGGGAAUCCCUCUGUAUUCUCUCCAACAGGAGAAAAAGAAUACGAAGAAAUCUGAGUUUAUCAGAGUUGGAAGCUGUAUUUCAGAUCCACAGACCAAUGUACUUGAAUGUGUACUGCAUCAAGAUCAUGAUGGACUAACCUCUGUACUUGCUGAAGUUGCUCCUGAUGAAGAUGGGGUUGAAGCUUCUCAGAAUUAUCCUUUACCCCCUGACCACUGGAUUAACCAGCCUACAUCAAAGCUUGGAAACUUCAGAACACUGCUUCACAUUGCAAUUGAACAGAUUGAUUUGAAAUCAGUUUGUUUAUUACUGAGAGGAGGGGCUAGGGCAGAUCUUCAUAAUGAAGACCUUGGAGUCUCACCUGUACAUGUUGCUUGUCAGGUGAAUAGCUUGGAUAUACUAGCUGAGCUAGUGAGGGAUCCCAGGAACUCUGGUAACAUCAACGCCGGGAUGAGAGAUGGUAGAACAUGUCUGCACAUAGCUGCAGACAAAAACAGGUUGGAGAUUCUUCAAUUUAUUUUGGAAAAUAAAGCUCUUCAAACAGUAGAUCCAGAGGAUUUGAGGGGUAGACAAACACCCUUGUAUUUAUCAGUUAAAAAGAAAAAUAUAGAGGCUGUCAGACUUUUGUUGGAAAACGGUGCACAGUUGUUGAAUACAGUUGACAAUAAAACCAUCAGGGAACACAUGAAAGAGAAUAUACCGAAUUUUAAUCCAGAAUCCGUUCAAAUUAAGAUCAAGAUAAAAGAGAGGAAUGGUGAGGAUGUUGCAUACUCCCUUAACCGUAUCCUAGAUAAAGCGCAGAUGAACAUCAUCAAGAACUUACCAAACUCUCAGGAACUUAUCCAGUUCAAAACCUUUAUCCAGUCUCUGAUUGCAAUGGAUAAAAAACUUCUAGACAGCUACGACUGUGGAGGAUUCACGUUUCUUCAAAAGAGCUGUGAGUACGGAUUUUCUGAAUUUGUCCAUAUUCUCCUGGAGAACGGAGCUCAUCCAAACCAAACCAUGGAAACCAACUCUACUAAACCUGUUCUGCUUGCUGCAUAUGGAGGCCAUCAAGGGGUACUCCAGGUUCUUCUACAACAUAAGAUUGAUUCCCUUGAAGGAGGACAGGUCGUGAACCUGACAGUUCAAGAGAAAACAAAGGAGACAGUUCUCCAUUAUGUACUCAGUAAGCCCAGCAGAGGUCCCCGGAUUCAGGGAGGUGACUACCCCGGGUGUUUAAAUCUCCUACUGGAGUGUAAGGACAGAAGCGUGGUGGAUGAAUUGAACCGUAUAAUGAACUGGUCUGACCGUCAAGGGAAUACAGCUCUACACUACGCUACCCAACUAUGGACCCAGGAAACUGUUCGAAAACUUCUUGAACGCGGAGCUAAUAUCGGAGUUAAGAACCGAUGGAGUGAAACACCCAUCUCAAAAAUUCUCCCGGAAACGAUGGAAUCGUUCCUUGACGAGUUCUGUCUCACCUCGACGAACGAUGUUCAGCACGAGGACUUCGAGUUGAAGUUUCGAUAUUCGUUCCUGGCUCCACCUGUGGAUAGUCCUAACUUCGAUGAACAUGAUCCUGAAGGAAGGGAGAUGGUGGAGAAUAGAGCCCUGCCUGAGACCGAGAGUCUAUGGUAUAUGGCGGAUAGUCAGUACCAUCGACACCUGCUCAAGCAUCCUGUUAUUACAAGCUUUCUAUGGAUGAAAUGGCAACGGAUAAGAAAAUAUUUCAACCGAGGACUGAGGGUUUAUCUUCUCUUUGUCACCUGCUUAUCCUGGUUUAUCUUUGAGGCUUACGGUGGAGUUUCCUACAGGGUGAAUUCUAAAACAGAUACUAAUAGUUCUUCCCCGGAAUCUACUGAAAGUACCGUAGAAGAGAAGGAACAGCGUUCACUCUGCUCAGUGAACCUGGAGCCAACGGAGAGCCGCGGAUUUUGGUAUGUCGUCUUCAUUUUGCAAUCAAUUAUUCAGAUAUUUAUGAUACUGCGGGAUUGGUACAGAGAUCUCAGGCAAUCUGAUCUUAAAACUGCUUUUCAGGAUGUACUGCAUCCAUUGAUAGUAAAGGUUUUGUUUACAAGUUGGAUUGAAUAUUUUAUCCUGUCAUCUAUAGUAGUUCUUAUAAUACUUAGUACACAAGCAUUAGUCUACAUACUCACAAUACUUAUACUCAUGGUAGCACUUAGGGAGGUUCUACAAAUGAUGGUAUCCCUGAAAAGAUAUAUAUUUGACAUAGAAAACUUGUUUGAGCUUGUCAUGCUUGCACUAGUGUGUAUCUGUCUCUAUGUACCGGAACACUAUUUGUACAACGGCUGCCUUCUUAAGAGACAUCUAGCGGGGUUUGCUCUAGUCAUAGCUUGGGCUACCCUGAUUACUCUAGUUGGAAGACAUCCUAAACUAUCGAGAUACAACAUCUACGUGACCAUGUUCUACAAGGUGUUGAAAAGCUUUAUACUGUUCCUGACCUGGUAUUCUUUCUUUAUCAUUGCAUUUGGUCUCGGCUUCUACAUUAUGCUACACAGAGACGUGCCUGGGUAUACCCCUAAAGAGGGAGAGGAUGAGUACAAGUUUUUCGAAGACCCCUGGCUGUCUCUGGUUAAAACAGGAACUAUGUUUAUAGGGGAGAUUGAGUUCUCCAAUAUACCAAUAGAUUUGACGACCAAGGUUGGAAUACUCGGAUACAUCUUUCUCAUUUGUUUUAUUUUCCUGAUUGUUGUUGUUCUGAUGAAUUUACUGAAUGGGUUGGCUGUCAGUGAUACAGGGAUAAUAAGAGAAGAAGCGGAGAUAGUAACAUAUAUCUCUAGAGUCGAAACAAUAUCAUGUACCGAAGCUGUACUCCUUGGAGAUCCGUUCAAUUUUCUUGCAAACUGGCCAGCCAUCGCCUUUCUCAGAGAUGUUCCCAGCAUGGCGUUUUGUAGAAGCCUUUAUAGGAACAGUCUGGUCAGAAAUAUUUCUAAUAAGAUAACGGGUGCUACAGGUAUACUUUUGUUCUAUACCUGGCUACCAGAUAAAGAACUGGUUUUGCAACCAAACAGGAGAACAAACCGGUUUGUUUGCAUGCCAACAGAUUGCAUGGGAGCAGAGAUAAUUCAAGCAGCUAAAGAUAUUGUUAUCAAGAAGACUCGUCUGGGGUUGGAAGGACCCGGAGAAAUAUCUGAUCUUCUCCUCAACCUACAGAAGAACCAGGAGAACUUACAGGAUCAAAUUCUUAACCUGGCAACCAAACUAGAUCUAGUUCUAACCAAACUCAAUACAAGAUAAGCCAAACUAGAUCUAGUUCUAACAAAACUCAAUACUAGAUAAACCAAACUAGAUCUAGUUCUUGACAAACUUGAUACUAGAUAAACCAAACUAGAUCUAGUUCUCACCAAACUCAACAAUGAAUAAACCAAGCUGGAUCUAGUUCUAACCAAACUCAAUACUAGAUAAGACAAACUAUAGAUCUAGUUCUCAUCAAACUCAUUACUAGAUAAGCAAAGCUAGAUCUUGUUCUCACCAAACUCAAUACUACUAGAUCGGCCAAUCUAUAUCUAGUUCUUACCAAACUAAAUACUAGAUAAACCAAACUAGAUAUAGUUUGUACCAAAAAAAUACUAGAUAAACCAAACUAGAUCUAGUUCUUACCAAACUAAAACUAGAUAGACCAAGAUUGAUCUAGUUUUAAUCAAACUCCAUACUAGAUGAGCCAAACUAGAUCUAGUUUUCACCAAACUCAAUACUAGAUAAUCCAAAAUAGAUAUAGUUUGUGCCAAACUAAAUACUAGAUAAACCAAAAUAGAUCAAGUUCUUACCAAACUCAAUAUUAGAUAAGUCAAACUAGAUCUAGUUUUCACCAAACUCAAUAUUACAUCAGCCAAACUAUAUCUAGUUCUUACCAAACUAAAUACUAGAUAACCCAACCUAAUUCUAGUUCUAAGCAAACUCAAACUAUAUAUACCAAACUAGAUAUAGUUCUUACCAUACUGAAACUAGAAAAACCAAACUAUAUCUAGUUCAAGGCAAACUCUAACUAGAUAAACCAAACUAGAUCUAGUUCUUACCAAACUAAAACUAGAUAAACCGAACUAUAUCUAGUUCUAAGCAAACUCAAACUAUAUAGACCAAACUAGAUCCAGUUCUUUUAAGUAGCUACACAACAACAUAAAAAAGAACAAGAUUUGGAAUUUUUCUUAGCUAUUCUUGUUUAAAACUUUUGAAAGUGUGUAUGACCAUGAUCUUUAUUUUAUAUAUUGUUAUUGUUCUUACAUAAGCAUUCAUAAGCCUGAUACUAAAUGAUAAAAGAUAUGUACAUAUAAUGUAACACUUUAUGUUUUUGAAGAGUGUUCGCGAAAAAUGAAAGGGGGCCUACGUCGAAAAAUAUUCGAAGAACGUAUCGUCAAUAUUAUUUUUUAUUUGUUUAAUAUAAAAUGCACUUAAAACUACGAUUUUUUGUCCGAAAAGUGUCGCUGACACGAGGAACAAUGCAGAAACAUCGAGAUUAGAGACACUCGGCAGCCAACUAAUUAUCGUUUAAACUGCAUCAUAUAUAAAAACAAAUCAAUAAUAUUAUGAAAACUCCACUGUAUACGUCGAAAAAAAAUCGAUGAUUAUAGGUUGUA